UCUUUGGACCAGCCAGAAUGUCAGAUUCUGUCAAACAUUCGUACAAUUUUUCAUCGGAAUUAAAGUGAAUUAUCAUUGUAAUUAUUAUCUAAUUUCUCGUCACGGUUAACCAGAAAUAAACCUUGUUGUUUGUUAUCGUUGAUUGUUAAAAAGUUUCGCGUUAUAAGACGAUAACGAAGCGCCAUGUUGAAGAAAUUCGGUGUGCCCCCAGGGGAAUAAGCCAUUUUAUGAUAAAGCAUUAAUAUUUCGUGGUUAGCGUGUAAUUUCGUAGUUAUGACGUGUUAGUGCAUUAUAGGAUUACAUUGAGGCGUAUUUGUUAUAUAUAACAAGAUGGACAUGACGGACCACGGCAUGGCGGGGAUGAACCUCACGAUGGACGGCAUGGACUACAAAAUUGACGGCGGCAUGAAGAUGGAGGGAGCGGAUGUGUCCCAACAGGGAUCUAUGUCCUCCAUGUCACAAUUCCCAACUUUGAACCUCCUCCCGCCACUGCCACCACAUCUGGUGCAAUCGGAAUACGCUCCGCUGCCGGAAAAUUUGCCAAAAACUGAACCCACCACGGUCCCAGAACUCCCGUCUUUACCAGUUCACAUGACGCAAUCCGAGUCAAAACCUACCAAGUAUAUAAGCGUGACAAGCGACGAGUUGACCGACGAACAGAGGCAGAUGUACGAGUCCGUACUCUCUACGUGGAAACCGGUGUUGUUCCCCAAAACAGUGAAACGUUACAUCUGCGAGAAAUGCAACAAGGAGUUUAAGAAUUACCAAAACCUCUAUUUGCACACCACUCGGGUCCAUUCUACUGAAGAUUCUGCCGUCUUGUGCGACAGAUGCGACAAGUCGUUCAAGAAUAAGCAUUAUCUGUACAUGCACAGAAUGAAUAAGCAUUAUUCGGAGUCGGAGAAAUGUUAUUGUCAGUUCUGCCUGCAGGAGUUUCGCACGAGACGCGCUUUACACAUGCACGUGAAGAAGGUUCAUCCCAACACGCUCCCAGAGAUCAAAUGCCCCGAGUGCGGCAAAGAGUUCAACGUGCCCUACAAAUUGAAGUAUCACAUCGAACGCGUACAUCGCGCAGACAGAGAAAAGUACAAAUGCCAUCUCUGCCAAAAAUUGUACAAAAGCAAUUUGAAUCUGAACAGGCACAUGCAGUUCCAACAUUCACACGUCGAAAGACACCCGUGCGUGUUCUGCGACAUGACGUUCAAGUCUCGUCAUCACAUGAAACGCCACAUCCUGAACAUUCACCCGCCGUUGGAGUCCAAGGUGACGUGUCCGGAAUGCCUGAAGGAGUUCAAAAACGAUCAGUAUCUUAAAGAGCACAUGCAAAUCCACACGCCAGCCGACACGAAGGUCAAAUGCGAGUUGUGCGACAAGUUUUUCCAUUCGGCGAUACGCCUCAAAAAGCACAAGAAGAUCGUCCAUCCGUCGAAGCCUAAGAUUCGUUGUGAGAAAUGCAACAAAGAGUUCGCGCACGCGCAUUAUUUGCGGCGUCACAACAACUCUGUCCACGUGGACGUUGACGAGAAAAACUAUGAGCACCAAUGCGGGCUGUGCGGCAAGAAGUUCAAGUUGCAACGUUAUUUGAACAAUCACUUGCAGAGACAUGAACAACAGCAUUUGAAGAGGAUCUCGCAGAUGGUCAAGACAGUCAUGAAUGAGGACGGCAAGGAGGUGAAGGUGAAGCAGCGGGGGAGGCCGAAGGGUAAGAAGAAUUCUAAAAAGGUAACGAAGGAGAUCGAGUUCAUCAAGUGUGAACCUGUGUCGAGUUCGGAAUCCGAAACUGAGGAGUCGAGCGAAGAGGAAUCUGACGAGUCGGAGUAAAGAUGUUUCUUUUAAUCUUCGUACAAAUGAUAAUGUGUCGUGCAAUGAAAAUAAUUUCAUGAAAGCAAAAAAAAAUUUUCACUAGUACAUUUGAUCUGUUUUAGUGAGGCAUAGGUCUCAUAUCUUUGCCUCACUAAAAUGAACUAAAAUCAAUGAAGGGAAAGCCUAAAUAAAAAUAAUUAAGGCAAGUAUAUUAUAAAUCAGCACUUUCAUGACUAGAAAUAUUUUAAAAUCUAGAAGAUGAACUCUCCAUUUGGCAUUUUGCAAAGUUGACAUUAUAAGAUGAAACGUUUCUGUAUUUAAAUUGGCGGCAUAUUUGCCGACCAAUCAAGUCUGCAAUGAAUAGAGUGCUCUGAUUGGCUAUUUCGCCGAGGCACAUAGUUUAUGGGAAUCCUUACUAAUAUACGAUGAAAGAUCGUAUGAUAGUAGCGUAGAUUUUUUUUUCAUUUAUCAUUUUACUUAAAAAGCAAAUCAAAAUACAUCUUUUGUCUAUGUUGAACGUUUGUUUUUUGAUACGUGGGCUGCAGAAAAAAAAAUUAAGUCAAUAAAAAAUAUUUUAAAAAAGUAGGUGAUAAUAUAAAAAUAUUUCAAAAUUCUUAUAAAUUUUUUAUAUAUCUAGUGGCUACGAAUUUUGAAUAUUAUUUUUUAUUUUGCUUAAAACGAAAUUGAGAUUCGUAUAAAACAUUCAUAAGUAAUAUAUAUCGUGGGAUUUAACAAAAUUAAGCUAAUAAAAAAGAUUAAAUUACAUCACAAAGAAAUGAAUAAUUUAACAAUGAUACAUGAUAGCAAAUUUUUUUAAAUACUUAGUAAAAUUAAAGAGUAAAAAUCGUGAUGCAAGUUCAAAAUAUUUCGCACUUUUUUACCGUGCUCGUUUUUGAUAAGAUUAAAUAUUACAUAAAAACUUAAGUUAUGCACGGUAGUGAAUUUUCGGUAUUUAAAAUGUAUGUCUUUUGAUAAGAUAUGGUCUAGUCGAAAUAUUUUGAAAUAACUUUACUUGACGUACAGUUAUUCCUAGCUUCGAAAGCUAUUUUUUUUCCACUGGGUCGAAAGUUUUACAUGUCAGCGCGCCCUCGCAAGCUUGGAUCCCCAAAAUACGAUUCGUAUUUCUCUGCUAGUGACGUCACUUAUGAAAUUCACCUGUGGCCACUAUUCCUAAAUUCUUGGUCAAGUUUGUACACGAAACGACUCCCGUCUGACCUCAGCAACCCUUGCAGGGGAACCUGACCCGUGUUGGAUCGAUCAUGGUCACACAUCCAGUUGCCUGAAUGUGCAGGUUUCCUCACGAUUGUUUCCCUCACCGUAAGAGCAUCAGUUAUAAAUCAAACUGAUAUUCAAAAGAACACAGCCGUGGUUCCCGCAAGACGUGGCGGUACCAGCUUACCAUUAGCAGAUACAUACAUACAUACAUAAAAUCACGCCUCUUUCCCGGAGGGGUAGGCAGAGACUACCAGAUUAUUAUUAGAUUAGCAGAUCGAUUAAUUAUUAUUCAUUUUAACUGCUGCUAAAAGUUGUUAACAGGCAAAUAAAAUAGAAAUAAACAGAUAACUUUCCAAAGGGUUACACUUUUAAUGAAAUUUUGGCAAAUUAAAAGUAAUAUUAUUAUAACAGUAAAGGAAAUUUCUACUAAACUUUAUAAAAGUCAAAUAGGUGAUUAUUAUUUUCCUCAAAAUAUUUAUAUUUAAUUUUUACUUACCAAUAUUUACAAAGUUGGUAUAUUAUUAAUAAAUAUAUGUACAUUUGCUGUAAAAAAGAGGUAAAUUUUAUUAGAUAAUUACGGUAUAUACAAGCAAUGAGCAGUUGUAAACAAAUAAUGGAUUUUUGUUCAAUAUUUUGUUACGAUGAAGAAGUUGGAAGUUUGUCAAGAGACAUGUUUAAGAAUUACCAAUAUUUAUUAAGAAUAAAUAUAGUUAUGAAGAAAUUCUUGAUGUGAUUAGAUAUUUUGGUUGUUCCUGGACCGUAAAAUUACCUAUUUUUGGGUCUGUCUGGAAAACCAAAAUCUUUAGUGAUAAAAUAAAAUUGAUGUUGAUUUUUCUUUUAUGUUAUUGUUUAUUGAAUAAGGAUUUUGGGUGUAAAAUAAUAUUCGUUUUUUAACGUUUGUUUUGUGAUAAUCUACAUAUAAGUGUAAAUAUUGGAUUAAAAUUAAAAAUGGAGGAAUUGGGAACGGGGGAUGCUCAGAAGUUGUAAUAGUUUGAUCAAGCUAAUCCUUAUUGAAAAUUGAAUAUACAGGGUGACUGAUACAAAAUGCAAAACCUUCCGCCUACGUGCUUAGAACAUCACGUUGAACAACUUUUAUUAUGGGGCUGACGACGAAAUCGCAAAAAAAUUUAGCUGUUCCAUACGAAAUUAGCUACCGCGGCAAAAUUUGUAGAACACCUGACUUGUUUUCGUGAUUUCUGUGCCGGCUUCAUAGGAUAAGUUGUUGGCUAUGAUGGCCUGAGCAAGUAUGCGUAUAUGUAGUUUAUCGUUUGACACCACUAACCCUGUAUAUAUCAUCAUGUUUCCCACAGGGAUGGGCAGAGAUUAUGGAUUUACAUAAUUUUAAUACCUUUACACUGUAGAGUUUCAUUGUGUCUCGGUGUAACAUUUGCAAAAACUACACUGCGAUUUUUAAAUACAACAUACAAACUUAUAGUCACAUCUAUAUCUCUUGCGGGUUAGCAGAGCCAAAAGUUUUGAAAAACUGAAAGGCCACGUUCAGCUGUUUGGCUUAAUGAUAGAAUUGAGAUUCACAUAGUGACAGGUUGUUAGCCCAAAUACAAUAAAGUAUUUUAAAUAAAAUUAUCUAAAUAUCACUGAGUGACUGACAUAUCAACCCAUUACCCAAAGGUAUGCUACAUAGGUCAAGAGAUUUGAAAUAGGUGCGUCGUGUAGUUUCCUUAUACGAUCUAGGGGUGACUUAGAGAGGAUUUUUAAAAUUUCCGUUGAUUAUAGUAGUAUUUAUUGGUAAAAGGGAAAAAAGGUAUUUAAAAAAAGAAUGUAAUCUGUUUAAUGUGCCAAGAUUACUGGCAGCGUUUCUUGGCCGCAUCGGGUGAGAGCUUACCACUCGGGAAGGUUAGAAUAGCUAUAAUUGCAAAUUGCCCGCAGCUUCGUUUCCGUUGGAAUUUUCGGAAUAUAUUAAUUCGUAUGUUUUAUAUGUCUUAAGUUAACGUAAUUUUUUUUAUUAAUUUAUUUUUUAUUUUAAGGGUCGAAUUACACAGAUUGAGUUAGACCCGAAGUAAGCGCGAGACUUGUGUUACGAGAUACUAACUUAACGAUGCUAUAUUUUAUAAUAAAUACUUAUGUAGAUAAACAUCCAAGACCCAGACCAAUCAGAAAAAGUUCUUUUCUCAUCACACCCUGGCCGGGAUUCGAACCCGGGACCCAAUUAUUAUAACUACAAUAUGUCUUUUAUUAUUUAACUUAUUAAGACUUAUAUAUUAUAGCAUUGCACUAAUUUAUUUUUAGGUUUUCUACUUGGUUACCUAUCUAUUUUUGUUUAGAUAAUCUGAUUUAAAAAAAAUAGAAAUUUAAAUCAAAUCCGUUCAUUGCAUUUCAUUUUACACACAUACCUACACAUAAAGAUAUACAGAUUCAUGGAAGAACACAGAAUAUAGAAUUAUACACAAAAGGAUUAUUUGGGAUAUUUCCACGCGAACGGAGCUGCGGUCAAAAAAUAGUUGUAGUUUUAAAACAAUUACUUUUUUAAACUUUAUUGUUGUUGUAUCAAAAUUUUCAUUAUUAUAGAAAUAAUAAGUAGGUAGGAAUAUAUUAAGUCUCAAGUACCUACCUCGUUAGAAUGCGUUUUUGUCUUAUAUAAUAAUGAAGAGAUAAUGUUUUUCUUUUGUUUGUAAAGUAAAUAAAUUCACAUAUUAGACCGAUUUUGAUGGAUUUGUAACUGAGACAAGAUCUUUAAAAGUCUAGCAUGUAAUGAAAUAUCUAAUAUAUUCAAACGAGCAAUUCUUGUAUUUAGGAUCUUGGAAACGGCUCCAACGAUUUUCAUGAAAGUUACAGAUUAGGGGCUUUUCGGCUCAAGGAAUCGAUUUAUCAAGGUCCUAGGUUCGAGAAAAGCUCGGUUCCCAAGAUAUAUAAACAUUUUAAAAACCGCGUUUUAAGAAACUAUAUCAGCGCCAUCUCUGGUAGACCUCUGGUCAACCGGGUACUUAAAUAAUAUAUUAUGUUCACAAACGCGACGCCUGCGCAAUUUUUAUGUAAAUUUUAUACUAGCCGGAAAAAUCUUUUUGCCAUUACAAUAAGGAUGAAUUUUAGCUGUAAAGUAGUUCAAAAUGUUUACCCGGAGCAUCCCUCUCGUUGUAUAGAUAUUAGAUAUUUAGUUAUAUUUGUAAUUGUUUCUAUAAAUAAAUAUAUAGAUUAAAUGUUACUUUUUAUUAAGGAAAAGUUUGAAUUCUUAUUGUCACUGUUUUGUGGAAUUUUAGAAAUUUAUUCUUUUGCAAUUUUUCAGUGCCGUGUGGUUUCUGGCACCAACAGAAAAAGAAUAGGACUACCCCAUCUCUUUCCCAUGGAUGUCGUUAAAGGCGGCUAAGGGAUAGGCUUAUAAACUUGAGAUUCUUCUAUUAAGCGAUGGGCUAGCAACUUGUGACUAUUUUAAUGCUAUCAUUGAGCCAAGCAGCUAAAUUUGGCCAUCAGUCUUUUCGAGACCGUUGGCUCUGUCUACCCCGCAAAGGAUAUAGACGUAAUUAUAUGUUUGUAUGUAUAUAAAUGAGAUUCAAGUAGUGACUAUUUUAAUCUCAAUUAUAUUAUUAAGCCAUACGUUGCAAAAACCACAUUCUGCUGUUUGGCUUAAUGAUAGAAUUGUGAUUCAAAUAGUGACAGGUUGCUAGCCCAUCGCCUAAAAGAAGAAUCCCAAGUUUAAAAGUCUAUCCCUUGAUUGACUUUACAAUCUGCACGGGUAGAGAAGCAGCUGGACUGUUUUUUUCAUCACUGACAGCCCAGAAUGGUAAAGCUUCCCUUAGUCAACUUUAACAACUUCCAUGGGAAAGAGAUGUCCCAAGGCACGUCCUUCGUAACUAAUAAGGAAAAUAAAUAAAUUGAUUUCCUGUCUUACUGUGUUUUGGUAAAUAAAUAAUAUUGUCAGCGACUUAAACUCAAGAAAUGAGAGACAGUUAAGACAUUUAGGCCUUAUCUAUGUUUGCGAACCCACACGAUAAUCACCUCAACGUUAUUUGAUACAUGCGAUACAGUGUAUCGGUCAGGCAUUUAUUUAUAACGUCUAUUGUACAUACAAAUCUUUAUGUGUGGAAAUAAAUGGUUAUUUCAAAUUAUCAUAA